AUGUAAAGUAAGUUUGAAAGGUCAUUUUUUGAUGAACAGACUUUCGAUUGUUCUUUCUGGGAAAAGUCAACAUAGAAAAUAAAUGUUGAUAAAAUCGAACACCAGUAUAUUUUGUUUUAGAAAAGCAGAAAAACUGGAUUCUGGGUAAGCAGAAACUAUAUAAUUUUUGAUUCUAAAUUAGUCAAGUUAAGACCAAAUAAAAACACAAUUCAUUAAAUCAAUUUGAAUAAGAGUAGAGUAGAGAAAAUUAAGUAUUAAAAUGAUCAAGAGAAGGAGAGCUGUAAUAAAAAGAAGUAUGGGUUCAGAAUCAUUAGAAAUCAAAGAUGUAGAGAAUUCUAUUCAAGAUCAAAAGAAAUGAAUCAAAAAAUUUGGGAAGAAUUAAAAAAAUAGUCCUUGUAGAUAUCAUUUAAACAAGAUUAUGUCAUUGAGAAAAUUAUUGGGAAAGGGAACUUUGCUAAAGUGUAUCUUUGUAACAAAAAAUCCGAGAAGUAGCAAUUUGCUGUAAAGGCUUUCGAAAAAAGUAAGAUGAUAAACACUGAAACAGAUCGAUUAGCCUUAUUGAAAGAAAUAUCGAUUUUACGCAAAUUGAAUUACAAAGGACUAAUCAAAAUGUAUGAGGUUUACGAGGAUGAGACACACAUCUAUUUGGUUCAAGAUUAUUUAUAGGGUGGAGAAUUAUAUUAACAUAUUAAAAAAAAUUAAAAAUAGCCUGAACAAACAGUGGCCAGAAUCAUAGCCACUCUAUUAGAAUCUCUAGAGUACCUUCAUAAAAAUAGCAUACUCCACAGAGAUCUUAAACCAGAGAAUUUGAUACUUAGGAAAAAAGGAGUGUUGGACGAUAUUGUGAUUGCUGAUUUUGGAUUGGCUGAUUUUUAUGAUCCAUUAGGAAAUUAUAUAUUCUAAAGAUGUGGAACUCCUGGUUUUGUUGCACCAGAAGUAUUACAAGACAAACUCUAUGAUUCCAAAGUGGACAUCUUCAGUAUUGGCUGUCUGAUGUAUUUAUUAUUGGCUGGUAAAUCUCCUUUCAAAGGAUCCACCUAUGAUGAAGUGGUAAUGCGUAAUUAUCAUUGCAAAAUCGAUUACCAGUCUAUCGAAUCAGUUGUAUCAAUUUAAUGCUUGUAACUAAUAAAAUUGCUACUGCAUCAUCGACCAUCCUAAAGACCUGCUCCUAAGGAAGCAUUAAGACAUGAAUGGUUUAUGCUCAAUUUGGAUGAAAAAAGAUAUAAAGAAUUGAAUAAUAAUGAAGAAUAAAUUCAAUACACUAAAGAAACAACUAAGUCGAGUUUAACUGAUGUUGGCAGUUGUGGAUUCAUGAAGAACUUUGUUGGUCCUUACACUUGUGAGAAGUCCGAGUUCUCUACUCCACAGAUUACACAUACAAACAAUAAAUAGAAUGCUGUUCUUUAUACUCCUUAGUAUGCGAUGAUGCAAUCUAUUCAAGAAUAGUUUAAAGAUAGUGAAUAAUAGAUUUCAAUUAAAAAAAUAGAAGAUGAAUUUAGUGAUAUGAUGUUUGAAGAUGAAUCACCUCAGUCACAUAAAUUACCUCAAUAUUAAUUGAUAGGAAAAUUGAAAUAAGUUGUGGAUUCAAAUAACUCAUCUUAUUAUGCUUCUCCUAUCAUCAAAAGAACACCUGAGAGUAAUACAAAAGGGCUUGAGUUAAGAACUCCAAUUCUGAUUACUCAAGUAAUUGAAAAUCAUGCAUAACCAAGAAUGGCAAAUAAAGUUAUGAACAACUUAAAGAAUUUUGAAUAAGUUUGA